UCAAUUGAUUCGUUUCGCUCUGCGGUCGCAUUUUUGUAUACUGCAUUUUAGCUGCGCUCAUCCGGUCUAUGGCCGCAUGUGCAUCCGAUGCUGCGACUCUCGCUAGCAGUGAUGAGGAGCUCACGCCUGUUGGCAGCCAGUCGAGCGCUCAUCGCGACUACAGCGAUGCACGCUUGGAGCGCGUGGCCACCUACACCACGACCACAAUGCGUCUAAAGCCGGAUAAAUGGGCAAAAAUGAUGCUGCAGGAUGAGUUGCGGCACAUUGUCAUGGACUGGCUGCACGGACGGACGCGAGUUUUGGUCAUGACGCUCAGCCCCGGCGGCGAACUUGUGCCCCGGGGCUGCAUCAGCGAUCUCUAUCUGACUUAUACGCUGCAGAGCAGCGGCGCCCGGACUAGUGCAACAAAUGAAUCCACUGCCACGGCCGCUGUGGUGGCGGCGGCAACAGCUGCUGGGGCAUUGGUGGUGCCAUUGCCGCCCGCCUCGUCCAGCUUCACCACACUGGAUGGAGUGCCACGCGGCAAGUGCGCCUACUUCAUACGCCACAAUGUGGGUGUACCGCUGACAGCUGACAAUUUCCAGAGCUCCGUGCUCUAUGGUGACUUUCCGGUGCACAGCAAAAUAGAGACAAUGUCGCUGCUUUUCGACGAGGUGCUGCAGCCGCUGCUCGAGCGGGCUCAGGGCGUUUGGCCGUCGCCCGUGCGCAAGGAUCUGCAGGCGCGCGUCAAGGAAGUGCGCAACACACUGACCGAGAUUAAGGGCAAAACCAACAAUCGCACAAUUUUAUCGUUAUUAGUUGCGCCAACAGUCGUCGAGAAAGUGUCUGGCCACGUGAACCGGGGCAAUCUGGGCCCAGCCUUGGACUCGAAAUUUCGUAAUCCAUUGGAGGAGAUGUUCAUCAAUUGGACGACGCAGAUGCACGACAUUGUAAUGGAGCGCUCCGAGUCCAUGGGGCUAACCACUUGCACCACCACACCCACUAAGCAUUUGUAUGUAGUUACACUACCAGCUCAAGAGAUUACGUUCUGGGCGAACCGCAAGCUCAAUUUACAGAACAUUUACGAGCAGCUGCGUGAGCCAAUGCACAAGGCCCUGGCGCACAUUCUGGAACGCAUCGAGUCUGUCUACUAUGAGCCAUAUGCAAAGGCAUUUCGCCAGCUGGUGACCGCCUGGCUGGAGGCCCAGGAUGUCUCACUCUGGCUGCAGCCCUUUCUGCGUCACACUGCCGCCUUCAACUCGGUGCAGUUCAGCAAUGCGCAAGAGCUGAUUGCGCCACUGGUCCAUGUGCUGCACCUGCUGUGGAGCAAUGCCCGCUUCUAUCGAAGCACCCAAAGGAUGAGCGUGCUGCUCAGCUGUAUAUGCAAUUUGCUGGUGCAUCGCGCCGCCGAGGACUUGGAGUUUCCGCUGCUCUUUCAAGGCGACGCCGACGAGGGCCUGCAACGGAUCAUGAAAACGGGCGAGGUACUGGAGUUUUUCAAGCAACGCAUGCUCGAAUACAAGGAGCGCUAUGCCAGCAGCCAAGUGCUGUUGCCAGCUUUGCCCAGCUCUUCAACGGCAGCAGCAGCAGCAGCAGCCACUUCCCCACCGCCGGACGACCAGCAUCAGUUAUGGCGCUUCUCUAACGAGCAAGUGUUUGGCCAAACACUUGAUGGCUUCCUAUUACAACUAUCAGAGCUGCGUCACGUCUUUGAGGCGGCUGUGCAGUUUCAGCAGCUCGAAAAGCUCGAAAUUGGUGGACUGCGCGGCAAGUUGCUAACGGACCGCAUCAGAGAGAUCUACAACGAAUUCAAACUGCUCUUCGAACAAUGGACCAAUGUGGACAUUGACCUUGCAGCGCCAGUUGCCCACAAAUGGAAAUGCUUCAAGCGCGAGCAGCGGCUUUUCUUCCAGCGCAUGCAGCAACUGGAGCAGAAGCUAGCCACAGUACUGCUGCAGGCCUUCGAACAGUGCAGCAGCUGGAUGCACCUGCUCAAGCUGACACUGAUGUUUGGCUGCCUGCUUCAGCGGCGAGCCGUUCAAUCAGAGCUGAUACACCUGCUGCCACACAUGUUGAGCAUCUACAACGCUGAGCUGCUGCAGCUGGAGCAGAGUGUGGCUGACGUGCUUUUCAACUAUCAGUUUCACGGCCUCAAAGCGGUGCCCGUCGCUGGCAAUUUUCCUCCCAUAGCUGGCGCCAUCAUGUGGCUCGAGCAGCACUUACAUCGCUGCGAUGAGCUCGGCGCAAAAGAUCUCAUCGAACUCAUUCAGACAUUACUCAUAUUGAAAUCGGAGCUCGUGACGCUACCUUUCCAAUGGGAUGCCUUGGUCUCGCGUCGCAAUAUUCUGACCACAAAGUUGUGCAAUCUGCAGCAAAAGAUCUGGCAUGGUUGGCAAGAGGACAUAGACAGGAUAAUUGCUGAGGGGCUCAAUGAGUACGUGCUGCUUCAGUCGGCAGCAGGUCAGCAGCUGCAGCUGAACUUCGCUCGGGCCCUGUUCACGCUGCUCAAGGAAACCAAAUACUUACUCGCGCUUCAGGCUUCUGGCAGCCUGUCAAGCAAACUAUUUCCAAUGCCAGGGGCGCUGCUCUUGCUUUACGAGCAGCGCGACGCCUACUGGCAGCGUCGUAUACGGCUCAUCAAGAUUGAUGAGUUCUACAAUGGCAUCCGGGCAGGCCAAUGUGCCGCAGCUGAGCUGCAGCUAAUUGCCGCUGAACUAGCCACCAUCGAUGAGCAAGUGGUCACUGCCAGUGCUCAGCUAACUUGGCGUAACUAUGACGAGCCACUUAUCGAGAGCAUCUUUGAGAAAUCACGCGAUCUGCAUGCCCGUCUGCAUCAGUCUCACGGCAAUCUGGACGCCAUACUGGCCAGCAUGCGCCGCUGGAGCUGCGAGCCACUGCAUCAACGUAGUCUCUACGGACGCAAUCUACUGGAUCUGCGGCAUCAGCAGGAGCGAGUGCGUCUGCGCCUGCUUCAAUGUGAUGAGACGAAGAUGCUGCUAAAUCGCUUGCUGAUUGCCAACUUUUGUUUGUUGUUUAACUACGAAAGGCAACAGCUUCACUUAUAUGCCCGAGACCUCAGCGUCCACGAGUUUGUGCACGAAUUUCCGGAUGAACAACGUCGACAGUUCAACAAAUAUUUAGCCACCGUUGAUGAGUUGAUUUGCCGUGAAGUAAGGCAGGCCAUGAGGAUCAGUUUAGAGUAUUUGCACAAGGAAAUGACAGGAACUGCAACAACGACAACAACUAGUGCAGCUAAGGCAACUACAACAGCGCCCCCGACUUCAAGUAUCGCCUUGCCAAGCAUGGCUAGGUUGGUGCUACAACAAAUCACAGCGCCACAAGCGACAGCGAGAAUAAUACCAACAACAACAACAGCAAGCGAAACAACCUCAGCCGCAGCAAUAGCAAUCGGAACAACAGCAACAAACGAUGCACCGCUUUUCGAAGUGAAAUUGGAGCUGACGGAAACGGAAAUACGUUUUUCGCCUGCCUUUGAUGCAAGUGUGGAAAAUAAUUUUCAACAAAUUGUCGAGCAGCUGUUGCUGGAUAUAAAACAGACAUGCGACUCCAUGCCAAGAAUUGUGUCUGACAAUUCGCUGUCUGACGACGACGAUGACGCUGCUAGGACCGAGGCUGCAGUCGAUGACUUGGAAAUGCUUUGCGCCAGCAUACGCGAUGCCUUGAGUCAAACGGUGCAGACGGCGUUGAAUUAUGCUGCCAAAUUCCACGCCUAUGCGUUCCUUUGGACACAGCAGAGCGGCGACGUACUGGCAUCCUGCAUGCAGACGGCGCGCGAACAAACGACCCACAUCAGCGGCAGCGGCUAUGCCAUCAUGGAGACUUUCAAAAAGGAGAUCGAGCGCUACAACGAGCUGCACGAUACGAUUGACCAAUGCGAGGAUGGGCACUGCCUGAACGGCUGGCUGGCUCUGGAUCUGAAGCCGCUCAAACACGGCUUGCUCAAUCUGGCCUGCAAGUGGUCGCAUCUGCACAAGCAGUGGCUACUGCGCUAUGUGCAGAAAACGCUUCAGGAGCUAAACGGUUUCAUUGCGCUCAGCCAUGAGACCCUGCAGCUGCACAUUGGUCGGCAAGACUUUAAGGCGCUGUUGCGCGUGCUGUCUGUCAUGGCAGAGAUACGACAGCGGGAGCCGUAUGCGGACAAUGUCUUUAAGCCGCUUAAGGACAUCGUUGCGCUUUUAAGGACCUACAAUGUGGAGUUCGAGGCGCAGCUGGUGCGCAACAUUGAACAGCUGCCGCUGCUGUGGCAGCAACUGAAGCAACAAGCUCAGGCCAAGCACGAGGCUCUCCAGGACACGCGCUACUAUCAACAGCAACGCGUAACGGCGCUCAUUGGGCUGCAUACGUGCCACGUGCAGCAUUAUGCGAAACAGUUCCAGCGCAUGCCGUUCUUUUGUGUGCCAUGUCCACAAAUUUACGAUGCCUGCGACCAGGUGUACGUGCGUCUUCAUCGAUUUGGCAGACAACAGCGGCGCUACGCGCGCUGGGCCCGGCUGCUGGAUAUAGCCGAACCCGACACAAACACAUUAGAGCACUGCAGGGCGGAGCUUAGACGUGUAAAGCAAUUGUGGGACUUUGUGCGCGUCAUCGAAUCCUGCAUUGUUGACUGGCAUGCAACACCUUGGCUGCACAUCGAUACGGACGACAUGGAGCAUGAGUGCAAGAAGUUCACGCGCGAUUUGCGCACACUUGAUAAGUGCAUCAGAGACUGGGCCCCCUAUGUUUAUAUUGUGGGCGUUUUGCGUGAACUGGUUGCCUCGCUGCGAGCCGUGACCGAGCUCCAAAAUCCAGCAAUUACCGAACGCCAUUGGCUAGAGUUGAUGCAACUGUCCCAGCUUUCAUACAAGUGCAAUGCAUCAACAACUUUGGCACAGCUGCUAAGCCUUCAGCUGCAACAGCAUGAGGAGGACAUUAAGAACACUGUGGAUCGUGCUAUCAAAGAGAUGACUGUCACCAAGGUAUUGGACGAUAUUAAAGCCACAUGGACGCAUUUGGAAUUUGAAUUGGAAACGCAUCAGUCACGACCAACUGUCCAACUGCUCAAGGUUUCAGAGGAGCUAAUUGAAACGCUCGACGACAAUCAAAUGCAAUUGCAAAAUAUUUCGACUUCGAAGCAUAUUCAAUAUUUGCUUGACAAACUGAGCCACUGGCAGCGCGUGCUGAGCGGCAUUGAUAACCUCAUUGUGAACUGGUUUGAGGUGCAGCGCAAAUGGAUCUAUCUCGAGUGUAUUUUCAUAGGAUCCACGGAUAUUCGCUCCCAGCUGCCCUUGGAUGCGGCAAACUUUGAGCGCAUCGAUGAGGACUUCACCAAUCUGUUGGCACGAGUUACAAGCGUGCGCGUUGUAAUGGAGGUGGUGCUGCAGCAUGAGGAUGUACUGCUACAGCUGCUGGAGCUGCAGAAGCGUCUGUCUGCUUGCGAGAAGGCACUGAAUGACUAUUUAGAGACAAAGCGCUUGGCCUUUCCUCGCUUUUACUUCAUAUCAUCCGCCGAUCUGCUGGACAUUCUGUCCAAUGGCAAUAAUCCACAGGUCAUUGAUAGGCAUCUCAUCAAGCUGUUCGACUCCAUACUGCGUCUGCAGUACGAAACGAAUACCACCCAUGCCGUGGGCAUGCACUCCAAGGAGAACGACGAAUAUGUCGCCUUUGUGAUCCACGAGCAGCGGGAGCAAUCGGCUUACAUUGACUGCUGUGGCCGAGUUGAGCUGUGGCUGAACGCUGUCAUCCAACAGAUGCGCAGCACCCUUCACGAGCUCUUUCGGCGUGCGCUGGCCGCGUUUUGUGAGAAGUCGCGUGACCAGUGGCUCUACGAUUGGCCAGCACAGGUGGCGCUCUGCUGCAGCCAGAUCAACUGGACGGCGGACGUGAAUCGCUCAUUUGCCAGCAUGGAGGAGGGCUAUGAGGGCGCCAUGAAGGAGCUGCACAAGCGGCAGAUAGCACAGCUGAAUGCCUUAAUCAAUUUGCUGUUGGGCGAGCUCUCUGCUGGCGAUCGACAGAAAAUAAUGACCAUCUGCACCAUUGACGUCCACUCGCGCGAUGUCAUUGGCAAGAUCAUUGCCGCCAGAGUAGACAACUCGCUGGCUUUUCAGUGGCAGAGCCAACUGCGCCAUCGCUGGGAUGACGAGCAGUCGGGCAGCUCUUCAGCAACCACAAUCAGCACCAGCGGCGCCGACGAGGACUGUUUUGCCAAUAUUUGCGAUGCCGAAUUCCGAUAUGCCUAUGAGUACCUGGGAAACACAUCGAGACUGGUAAUUACACCACUAACGGAUCGAUGCUAUAUCACACUGACACAGUCGCUGCAUCUGGUGAUGGGUGGAGCGCCAGCUGGACCGGCGGGCACGGGCAAAACGGAAACAACGAAGGACCUGGGCCGUGCGCUGGGCGUAAUGGUUUAUGUCUUCAACUGUUCGGAGCAAAUGGACUACAAAUCUUGCGGCAACAUUUACAAAGGUCUGGCCCAGACCGGCGCAUGGGGCUGCUUUGACGAGUUCAAUCGCAUCUGCGUGGAGGUGCUCUCCGUGGUUGCCGUUCAAGUGAAGACGAUACAGGAGGCGAUAAGGAUGCAUAAAACCCAAUUUAUCUUUAUGGGCGAGCGCAUCUCGCUGGAGCCGUCGGUUGGCAUUUUUAUCACCAUGAAUCCGGGCUACGCUGGUCGCACCGAGCUGCCGGAAAACCUGAAAACAUUGUUUCGUCCAUGCGCCAUGAUUGUGCCGGACUUUGCUUUGAUUUGUGAGAUUAUGUUAAUGGCCGAGGGCUUCCAGGAUGCACGUCUGCUGGCACGCAAAUUUAUCACACUGUACACGCUGUGCAAGGAGCUGCUGUCCAAGCAGGAUCACUACGACUGGGGACUGCGUGCCAUCAAAUCGGUUCUGGUGGUGGCCGGCACAUUAAAGCGCGACGACCACAGCCGGCCAGAGGAUCAGGUGUUAAUGCGCGCCCUGCGUGAUUUCAACAUACCCAAGAUAGUUACCGAGGACGUGUCCAUAUUUAUGGGCCUGAUAGGCGACCUCUUUCCCGCGCUCGAUGUGCCUCGCAAGCGUGUCUUCGAAUUCGAGAAAACUAUUCGACGUGCGGUUAAUGAAAUUAAGCUGCAGCCCGAAGAGGGCUUCCUCAUGAAGGUGGUGCAGCUGCAGGAGCUUCUGGAUGUACGCCACUCGGUGUUCAUUGUGGGCGACGCAGGCACCGGCAAAACAAAGAUUUGGCAAACUUUGCGCGAAACCUAUCGCAUACAGAAACUGAAGCCAGUUUGCCAUGUGCUCAAUCCCAAGGCUCUGUCCAACGAUGAGCUAUUCGGCAUUGUCAAUCCCACUACGCGUGAGUGGAAAGAUGGUCUAUUCUCGUCCAUAAUGCGAGAGCAGGCCAAUAUGCCGCCAGGCAAUCCCAAGUGGAUAGUGCUCGAUGGCGACAUUGAUCCCAUGUGGAUUGAAAGUCUCAAUACGCUGAUGGACGACAAUAAGAUCCUGACGCUGGCUAGCAAUGAGCGCAUAUCGUUAAGACGUGAAAUGCGCCUGCUCUUCGAGGUGGGCCACCUCAAGGCAGCCACACCUGCAACAGUCUCCAGAGCAGGCAUCUUGUAUAUCAAUCCACAGGAUUUGGGCUGGUCCCCCUUUGUCUCGUCCUGGCUGGAAACGAGAGUGAACAUGAUCGAGAGAGGCAUACUGACUACGCUCUUCGAAAAGUAUUUCCCCAGCCUGAUGCAGAGGCAACGCGACUUUCGACGCAUUACGCCCAUUACGAACAUGGCCAUGAUACAGAUGACGUGCCACCUGCUCGAGUGUUUGCUGGACAGCGACCGAGCUGAGGAUGAUACUGCGUGUGGUGGCAGUAAGCAUCUCGGCAUCAAUUCACACAGCCUACACCAUGGUGAGCUCUCGCAUGAGUCCACCGAGCUGGCGUUAGAAACCAUCUUUGUGUAUGCAACGCUUUGGAGCUUCGGCUCGGCGUUGCAUCAGGAUACAAUUAUCGACUGGCAUCGCGAGCUACACAAGUGGUGGACGGGCGAGUUCAAGGAUGUAAAGCUGCCCAGUCAAGGCACCAUAUUUGACUAUCAGCUUAAUGUGCAAACACUGAAGUUCCAGCGCUGGUCAGAGCUGGCCGCUCAGGAGCAGCUCGAGUGUCAAAUCGAUGCAGAGCAGCCGCUGCAGAACGUGCUCAUUUCAACUGCAGAGACCACACGUCUGGGCUACUUCCUCAAGCUGCUUAUCGACCGCAAUCUGGCUUGCAUGCUGGUGGGCAGCUCCGGCUGCGGCAAGGGUGCCAUCUUCCGUGAGCUCUUCAGCAAAUAUGCCAGCACACAGGAGCUGCUUGAAAUUGCCGUGACAGCUGUCAGCGACAGUCAGCAGCAGACGGUAGCAGUUGCAGGCAAUUCUGUUGGCGUUGGCAACGUCAGCGUGCGUCGGAAGCUGUCCUCCUCGACACCAUUGCUGACCACAGUGCAGGCAACACACUUUAAUUUCUACACCUCGUCCGAGAUGUUCCAGAAGAUGCUGGAUCGGCCGUUGGAGAAGAAGUCGGGUCGCUGCUAUGCACCGAGCGGGCCCAAGCGGCGACUCAUCUACUUCGUGAACGACUUGAACAUGCCCGAGGUAGAUGCCUAUGGCACAGUGCAGCCGCACACCAUAAUGCGUCAGUUCAUGGACUACAGACAGUGGUACGAUCGCCAGCGACUCCAGCUGAAGGACAUACGCCAUUGUCAGUUCGUGGCUUGCAUGAAUCCAACUGCCGGCUCCUUCACCAUCGACCCACGUCUGCAGCGCCACUUUUGUGUAUUCUCAGUGGCCCAGCCCAGCGAGGAGACGCUGCACCACAUAUAUAGCAGCAUCUUGAAUAACCACCUGGAGCAGCCAGCCCAGGGCUUCAACAAGGAGAUCCGUUCUAUUGGCAAUCUUCUGGUGCAGGUGGGCAUCUCGCUGCAUCGCCGCGUCGAGUAUGCCUUCCUGCCCACGGCCAUUAAGUUUCACUAUAUCUUCAAUCUGCGCGACCUGACCAACAUCUAUCAGGGCGUGAUGCACAGUGUGGGUGCGCCGGUCUCAGCGGGUGGUGCGGCCAGCAGCUACAGCGGCACAGUCUGUAGCAAGCCCGCCGAACUGAUGCGGCUCUACGUGCAUGAGGCAUUUCGAGUCUACCACGAUCGACUGGUCGAUCAGUAUGACAUCAAAUCCUUCAAGUCCUCCAUACGGGACAUAUUCAAAAAGGACUUUGAAGACUUCGACGAGGACUUUGUGUUCGCGGAGCCGCUGAUCUACAGCCACUUUGCCCAGUCGCUGGUAGACCAGAAGUACAUGCCACUCAAGAGCUGGGACUCCCUCUACCAACUGCUGCUAGAGGCCCAAGCCAGCUAUAAUGACAUUGUGGGCUAUAUGAAUUUGGUGCUGUUCGAGGAUGCCAUGAUACACAUAUGUCGCAUCAAUCGCAUCUUGGAGAGCCCACGUGGCAACGCUUUGCUGAUUGGCGUCGGCGGCUCUGGAAAGCAGACUCUGGCACGGCUGGCCGCAUUCAUCUCCUCGCUGAGUGUAUCACAAAUUCAAAUCAAACGCGGCUUUGGACUGCUCGAUAUGAGGGACGAGAUCGCCGCUUUGUACAUGAAAGUGGGGCUGAAGAAUGUGGCGUCAGUUUUCCUCAUAUCCGAUGCUCAGCUGCCCGAUGAGUCAAUACUGAUGCUGAUCAAUGACUUGCUCGCAUCCGGCGAGAUACCUGAGCUCUUUAAUGAUGAUCAACUGGAUACCAUUGUCAAUGGCAUACGGAAUGAGGUGAAGCAAAGCGGCACCAUGGACACCAAAGAGAAUUGCUGGCGUUAUUUUGUGGAAAAGGUGCGACGCCUGCUCAAGAUUGUGCUCUGUUUCUCCCCAGUGGGGCAAACACUGCGCAUACGUGCCAGAAAGUUCCCGGCCAUAAUUAGCCGCACUGCCAUUAACUGGUUUCACGAGUGGCCCAAAAGCGCACUGGAAUCGGUAUCCCAAAAGUUUCUCACCGAAAUCAGUGACAUACUAGAGUUGGCGCUCAUACCGCCCAUCGGCUACUUUAUGGCCUACGUACACGGGACCGUGAAUCAGAUAUCGAAAAUUUAUCUGCAGAAUGAAAAGCGCUACAACUACACCACGCCGAAAACAUUUCUUGAAUAUAUUUUCCUCUACCGCAAACUGCUGGUGGACAAAAACGGGGAGUUCGCCCAGCGCAUCGCCCGGCUGCAGAGCGGCAUGGCCAAGCUGGCCGAAUGCGCGCGUCAAGUGGACACCCUAAAGCAUCAACUGGCCAUACAAGAAGUCCAACUGGCAGCCAAAAAUGCGGCUGCCGACAAGCUGAUCGUCAUUGUCAGUGCCGAGAACGAAAAAGUGAAACGAGAACGCUUCAUAGCCUCGGAGGAGGAAAAACGUGUGCGCAUUAUCGAGGAGGAUGUCUCCAUCAAGACCAAGCUCUGCGAGCAGGAUCUGCGACAGGCUGAGCCAGCUCUAGUCGCCGCACAGGCCGCGCUCAAUACCCUGAACAAAAACAAUCUGACCGAGCUCAAGUCAUUUGGUUCGCCGCCCAAGGGCGUGAUCAAUGUGUGCGCUGCUGUCAUGGUGCUCCUGGCCACGCAUGGCAAGAUACCGCGCGACCGCAGCUGGAAGGCAGCCAAAUUGAUGAUGGUGCGUGUGGAUCAGUUUCUCAACGACUUGCUCAACUACAACAAGGACAAUAUACAUCCGAAUAUUAUUGAAACGCUGCAGGAAUACCUCAAGGAUCCCGAAUUCAAUCCCGACAAAGUUGUGCAAAAGUCCGUGGCAGCUGCUGGCCUGUGCGCAUGGGUCAUCAAUCUGCAUCGCUAUCAUCAGGUCUUCCUCAUUGUGGGGCCCAAGCAGCAGGCCCUGCAGGAUGCGCAGCAGGAGCUGCUCGAGGCACGCGAACGACUGCAGUAUCUCAAGUCCAAAAUUAACAAUUUGGAGGACAAGCUGGCCGACAUCCAGGCCGAGUUCGAGCACGCCGUCGCCGAAAAGCAAAAGUGCCAACGGGAGGCGGACAAGACGUCCUUUACCAUCGAUCUGGCCCAUAGGCUGGUCAAUGGUCUGGCCAAUGAGAAUGUCCGCUGGCGCGAGUCUGUGCAAAGCUUGCAGGCAAAGAUUGGCACUCUACCUGGAGAUAUACUGUUAAUUUCCUCGUUCCUGUCGUACGUGGGCUGCUUUACGCGUCGCUACCGCGAGGAGCUGCAGCACAAGCUGUGGCUGCCCAGCUUUUGUAAAAUGGACCCGCAGAUACCGCACACGCAGGGCGUCGACCCACUGGCGCUGCUGUCGGACGAUGCACAAAUUGCCACCUGGAAUAAUGAGGGAUUGCCCAUGGACGGCAUGUCCACGGAGAAUGCAACAAUACUGCAGCACUCAACGCGCUGGCCGCUGAUGAUUGAUCCCCAGCUCCAAGGCAUCAAGUGGAUAAAGAGCCGCUUUGGCGCCGCUCUGGUGGUGCUGCGUCUGAGUCAGCGUGGCUUUCUGGAGGCAUUGGAGAAGUCUAUCUCUCGUGGUGACACAGUGCUCAUUGAGCAAAUUGAAGAGUCCAUGGACACUGUGCUCGAGCCGCUGCUCAGUCGCGCGCUGAUAAAAAAGGGUCGAUAUCUGCGCAUUGGCGAACGGGAAAUGGAGUUCAAUUCGAAUUUCCGCCUGAUAUUGCACACCAAGCUGGCCAAUCCGCACUACAAGCCGGAAAUGCAGGCGCAAACGACGCUUAUUAACUUUACGGUGACACCGGACGGCCUCGAGGAGCAGCUGCUGGCGGAAGUGGUCAAAAUCGAGCGACCGGAUCUGGAGCAAAUGAAAACCGAAGUGACGAUUCAGCAAAAUAUGUUUAAAAUCUCGCUGAAGGCGCUCGAAGACGAGCUGCUGGCCAGGCUGGCCUCCGCCGGCGAGAAUGUGCUCGAGGAUCACGCGCUGGUUCUCAAUUUGGAGAACACCAAGCGCACAGUGGACGAGAUCGAGUCCAAGGUGCGCGAGGCUCAUCUGACCACGCUGCAAAUCGAUGAAACCAGAAACAUUUAUCGUGCCGCAGCCAAGCGCGCAGCCAUUUUGUACUUUGUGCUGACGGAUCUCAAUCGCAUCAAUCCCAUAUACAAGUUCUCCUUGAAGUCCUUCAUGAACGUCUUUCGCCAGGCCAUAGCCAUAGCCCCCGCAUCCAAGAGCUAUGAGAAGCGCGUGCUCCAUUUGGUCGACUCGAUAACGCUGCAGACGUAUCGCUAUACGCUGCGCGGCCUCUUUGAGGCGGACAAGCUGACGUUCACCUCGCAUCUGACGCUGCGCAUCAUGAUCGCCGCCGAGCAGGUGGCUAAGGAUGAGACCGACUUCCUGCUGCGCUAUCCACACGAUCCCAACACGCUCUCGCCUUUAGACUUUGUGGGACGCAGCGCUUGGGGCGGCAUCAAGUCGCUGGCGCUCGUCGAGCACUUCUAUGGCAUCGACAAGGACAUGGAGAACUACACGAAGCGUUGGCGCAAAUUCGUGGCCAGCGAUACGCCCGAGCGCGAACAGUUUCCCGGCGAAUGGAAGCAUCGCACGCCACUGCAGAAGCUGUGCAUUGUACGAGCUCUGCGCCCCGAUCGCAUGACCUACGCCAUGGCUCAGUUUGUGGAGCAGUCGAUGGGACGCGCCUAUGCCGAGGUGCAGACGCCGACGUUUGGGGCCAUCUUCAAGGAGCUAAACGCAGCCACACCUGCCUUCUUUAUACUCUCACCUGGUGUGGAUCCCAUACGCGACGUGGAGCGCCAUGGACUACAGCAAGGCUUCCAUGCGGAUGCCGGCACUCUGGUAAAUAUUUCGCUGGGCCAGGGACAGGAGCUGCUGGCCGAGCAAGCUAUCGAGCAGGCUCUGGCGUCCGGGCAGCAAUGGGUUAUACUACAGAACAUUCAUCUGGUGGUGAACUGGCUGCCCACACUAGAGAAGCUCAUCGAGCGUAUUGUGCUGCAGUCAGAAUCUCAGGGUGAUUCACAGUUCCGUCUCUUUAUCAGCGCCGAGCCUGCUCCGGAUCCACAAUACCAUGUCAUACCCCAGGGCAUUUUGGAAUCCUCACUCAAGGUGGUGAAUGAGCCGCCAGCGGGCAUGGCCGCCAACCUGCACAAGGCGUGGGAUAACUUCACGCAAGAGACGCUGGAAACGUGCACCCAGGAGGCCGAGUUCAAGUCCAUACUGUUUGCCCUCUGCUACUUCCAUGCGGUGGCCGGCGAGCGUCGUAAGUUCGGCCCGCAGGGCUGGAACAAGGUGUAUCCCUUCAACAUUGGCGACCUGACCAUCUCGGCCAGCGUGCUGCACAACUACCUGGAGGGUAGCAGUCGCAUACCGUGGGAGGAUCUGCGCUACCUUUUUGGCGAAAUCAUGUACGGCGGCCACAUAACCGACGAUUGGGACAGACGGCUAUGCCAGACAUUUCUGGAGGAGCUGCUGCAGCAGGAUCUCAUUGAUGGCGACUUUGAGCUGUGUCCCGGCUUUCCAGCGCCGCCGAAUCUCGAAUUUGAGGGCUAUCACGACUACAUCACCGAAAUGCUGCCCGAUGAGUCGCCAAUGCUCUAUGGCCUGCAUCCGAAUGCUGAAAUCGGGUUUCUUACCAGCGCCUCGGAGCAGCUGCUGCGCACCAUCUUCGAGCUGCAGCCGCGCGAAUCGGAGCUAAGUUCGCACUGUGGUGCUCCGCGCGAGGAGCUGGUCAAGAUCAUGAUCGACGACUUUCUCGACAAGCUACAGGACGAGUUCAAUCUGCAGGCACUGCUCAAUCGAGUAGAGCGCAAGACGCCCUUCGUUGUGGUCGCUCUGCAGGAGUGCGAGCGUAUGAAUGCGCUCAUUCACGAAAUCAAGCGAUCGCUGCGCGAGCUGAUGCUGGGCCUGAAGGGCGAGCUGACCAUCACACAGGAAAUGGAACGUCUGGACUAUGCCAUCUUCUACGAUCACGUGCCGACGGCCUGGGCUCAGCUGGCCUACCCCAGCAUGCUGGGGCUGCAGGGCUGGUUUGGUGAUCUGCUGCAUCGCAUCAAGGAGCUGGCCGGCUGGCUGAAUGACUUCAAGCUGCCCUGCGUCAUCUGGCUGGGCGGCCUCUUCAAUCCGCAAAGCUUUCUCACGGCCAUCAUGCAGGAGAGCGCUCGGAAGCAUGAUCUACCCUUGGAUCGCAUGCUGAUCAGCUGCGACGUGACCAAAAAGCAAAAGGAUGACGUCACCUUGCCACCUAGUGAAGGCGCCUUUGUGCACGAGCUCUACUUGGAUGGCGCCAGCUGGGACUGCCAGCUAAACUCGAUUGUGGCACUGCAUCCCAAAGAGCUGCUCUGCGCCAUGCCAGUCAUCUACAUCAAGUCCAUUGUGCAGGAGAAACAGGAGCUGCAGCGCGUCUACGAGUGUCCGCUGUACAAGACCAGGUCGCGUGGCAACACCUACGUCUGGACGCUCAACCUGAAAACACGCGACCGUCCAGCCAAAUGGAUACUAGCAGGUGUCGCGCUUUUGUUGCAGCCCUAAAGCAUUAGUGAACAACAUAUUGUUAGCCACGUUAGCAACGUCAGCGACAGCGACAGCUUUUGUGUC